AAGUUGUGCCGGCUUUACAUCAUGGAGGCGUCCACGGAGGGUGAUAUCUGAAGGAGACUAAUGUCUUAAUGCGUUUCUCAGACUAAAUGUCCAGUUCCCUGACCGUCAGUGUGAUGACUCCAGCAUGAAGUCAGUCCGCUGCCUCCUCCAGCUGCAGAGGGUCAGACUGGUGAGCCAGUCAGCCCGGUCUGCCUCCCAGUACAGCACUCUGCUCCAGUCCACCUCCUCCAGUCAGCCUGGCCUGCUGCUCAGCACCCAGCUCCAGAUAUUGAGGCGUUUCCACGGCAGCCCAGCGUGUGCCAAGAGUCGCCCUGUACCUGAAGAGUUCAGAGAUGAGGACGACAAAAAGAAGGACGACAAAAAGAAGGACAAGUCUUUGGCCACCCAAAGCGACAUUUUUGACCAGGUGGCCAAAGAUAUCAAAACCAAGGCCACAUUUAACCAAGUGGUGGAGGUCUUCCUCAAGAGAGACAUCAGGCGGCGGGGUCACGUGGAGUUUAUCUACGCCGCUUUGGAGAAGAUGCCGGAGUACGGCGUGGAGGAAGACCUGGCCGUCUACAACAAGCUGCUGGAUGUUUUCCCCAAGGAGGUGUUCGUGCCCAGGAACUACAUCCAGCGAAUGUUCAACCACUAUCCCCGACAGCAGGAGUGUGGAGUGCAGCUCCUGGAGCAGAUGGAGUCCUACGGUGUCACGCCCAACGUGGAGACCAAAGUCCUGCUGACCCAGAUCUUUGGGAAGAAGAGUCACCCCGUGAUGAAGUAUCGGCGCAUCAUGUAUUGGUUCCCUAAAUUCAAACACGCGAACCCCUUCCCCAUCCCCAAGAAGCUGCCUGAAGACCCAGUGGACUUGGCACGAUUCAGCCUGACCCGCAUCGCUGACGACCUGGACGCUAAAGUCACCGUCUACCAGCUGCCGUGUACAGACAUCACAGAGAGUGGAGAGCACAUCACACUUCCAUACAUCGUAGGUAUCCAGGGCCCGAACCAGAUGGAGCUGCUGGCCAAGCAUAACCCCAGCAGGCCGGUGUUCGUGGAGGGCCCGUUCCCUCUGUGGCUGAGGAAGACGUGUGUGUACUACUACGUCCUCAGAGCUGACCCCAUACCGCCUGAAGAGAAGGUGGAGGAGCCCUAUGACCCAGAGAGGUGUUUUGACUAUCCUCUGCGGCUGGACUUGGAUUUGGAGCGGGACUACGGGGACCUGGUGACCUUCGAUGUGGACGACGUGGACGAGGGAGAAGUCUUCGCCAUGUGUAUGACCAGCCAGGGAGACCAGGCCGUCCUCAACCAGUGGAUCUCUGGUCUCCAGCUGACCAAUCCCAUCCUGGGUCAGGUCCCCACUCUGUUCCGCCUGGAGUCUGGGCCCAAACAAGUGCAGGGGGGGGCUGACACGGAGUCAGCUCAGCGCCAGAGGCCAGAGCCAGAGACCCAGAGAGAGGACCGAGCGUCUGAAGAAGAUCCUGAGGUCAUACUGGAAGAAGAGCCAAAGAAAAGUCGGGGGAUGAAACAAUGAACAGCAGACUGACUGAUAGGAAACCAUCACAUACUACAUGACUGAUUUAACACGGGCGGGUUAAUUAACCGGGUCAUUAACGGUGGAACACAUUGACCCAGCACACAAGCUGAGGGGGACUCUGAAUAAUGCUCCUUAGGUUCACUAAUCAAAUAAAUUAUAGGGGGAAAAAACA